CCAUCUUCUCCUCAAACUGACCUUCUGCGCCCGUCACAGUUUCUUUGCUGUACAUUAAUUUUUCACCCUGGCAUCACCCUUCUUGUAAAAUAUAUUCCUUCGUUCUUUCUUCGUCAGAUAUCCCCUCUGGCUUUCCGCUCCUUAGCAUUGAUCUUGACUGUACAGUACCGUGGUGUUGCAUUCGGCCCCAAGGUUAUCCCUAAUGGACAAUUCCAAUGGUGACGUGAGAACAACACAAGAUGUAACAGAGGUCCCGACCAAAGCUGAGACAGCUUCCUCCCUCACAAACGGUGUCAACGGUGUCAACGGCGUCAAUGGUGACUCGCACGAUCACAUCCACAACCAUACCCACCAACACGACCAUGACCACGACCACGCUCAUCACGAUGACGCAAAUGCUGGUGCCCUGUUUCAGAUCACCGUCAAGCUGCCGCACAAGCCUUACAAGCAGACGAUAACGGUCACGAGUCAAGAGCAGGUGCAGGAUGUCCGUCAGUCCAUCGUCGAGACCCCCGAUACCUUCCAGUACACCUGUUUCCAUCUCGAGCACAAUGGGCAGAGGAUCAAUGAUUUUGUCGAGCUGUCGGAGGUCAAAGACCUCAAACCAGACGACGAGAUUGUUCUGGUCGAAGAUCCUUAUACCGAGAAAGAGGCGAGGUUGCACGUAGUCCGCAUCCGGGAGCUCAUUGGCGCCACCGGAGACCGAUCCGACCAGCUCCAUGGCAUCUGCGCCGGUUUGUCCCUGCACGAUGACAAGUUUGGCUCGGUCAAUGCUCCUCCCCAAAAGACCGAGGACAAUCCGUUGGCGGGUUAUGAGCUCGACGGUCGGGCGACGCUUGAUGCGAUCUUGCCGUCCCACCAGGACACCUUGCCGAAGACAAUCAAGUCGCUCUCAGUCUCACAAUGGAACCCUCCACCAUAUCAUCUCCGUCAGCGAGGCCACCUGCUCUAUCUACAGCUCACCACCAACGAAGGCGAGCAACAUCAAAUCACUGGCACUGUCUCGGGCUUCUACGUCAACAAGUCCUCCAGCAACAAAUUUGAUCCGUUCCCAAGGCCCGCUCCCAAGAACCACAGUUCGCACUCUCUGCUGUCCCUGAUAUCGGCUCUGUCACCGUCUUUCAAUGAGACUUUCGUCGAGCUCCAGAAGAUGAAUGGUAGCAAAGACCUUCUCACCACAUUCCCCUUCCAGAAUGCGAUUCCCGCGAACCCUUGGAUCGUUCCGUCUUCCUAUGGACAGGGAACCCAACAUCAAGCAGAUCCCACAAGGUCCCAGGAGGCAUACCUAAUCGGGGGAGCGGAUGGUGCGGAGAAUCUUCGGGAUUGGAAUGAAGAGUUUCAGACCACCCGGGAACUACCCAGAGAGACACUGCAAGACCGAGUUUUCCGUGAGCGAUUGACCUCCAAACUGUUUGCCGACUAUAAUGAUGCUGCAGCAAGAGGCGCCGUGCUCGUUGCCAGGGGAGAGGUUGCACCGCUGAAUCCAACUGAGGGCAGAGACGCCCAGAUUUUCAUCUACAACAACAUAUUCUACUCCUUUGGCGCGGACGGUGUGCAGACAUUCGCCAGCGAGGGCGGCGACGAGGCCGCCAGAGUUGCCGUUGGGAAAGAUGUUGCCGGAGUCAAAGCCGUGAAUCAGCUGGACAUCGACGGCCUAUUCACUCCAGGUACUGUCAUAGUGGAUUAUCUUGGCAAGCGUAUUGUGGGUCAGAGCAUUGUGCCAGGGAUUUUCAAACAACGAGAACCUGGGGAACAUCAAAUCGACUACGGGGGUGUUGAGGGACGCGACAUUGUGACCGAAAAUGAGGCCUUUGUUCCUGUCUUCCAGAAGCUCUCGAAAGCACUACAUGUGAAGAAGCAUCCUGUCUGGGACAAGGAAGGCAGCCGACACGAUCUGGAAGGCAGUGUUGAGACCAAAGGAUUAUUAGGCACGGACGGUCGAAAAUAUGUGCUUGAUCUUUACCGCAUCACUCCACUAGAUGUGGCUUGGGCGGAUGAGGUCGAAGCUGAUACAGGAGACGAAAGGUAUCCGCACCGGAUGUCUGUCCUGCGACUCGAGCUGGUGGAGACCUACUGGCACAUGAAAAUGCAGGAGUUUGUGAGGGCCGAAGUUGACAAACGCCGCUCGAAGCAGAGCAACGGACAUUCCGGAGACCUCAAAAAUGGUGAAGAGGCGCAAACCGAUGACGGCCCCCCUGAAGGGGAUAGUAAAGACAACAAGUCCGGUGAAGCUCAAGACGAAUCUGCCAAAGCUGCUCCAGCGCUGGAGCAGGAAAGGGUUGACAUUUCGAACUUCACCCUGGCCCUGAAUCCUGACGCGUGCAGUGGCCAGGUGCCUCAGACCGAAGAAGAAAAACAAGAAUAUGCUGCCGACGAAAAGGAACUUCGUGCGGUCUGCGAGUUUCUGCGGAUCAAAAUCAUUCCGGAUCUCAUCAACGAACUUCACGAUGGUGACGUUGGCUUCCCGAUGGACGGUUAUUCCCUGUGUCAGCUUAUCCACAAGCGUGGAAUCAACAUCAGGUAUUUGGGACGAGUUGCAAAAGCUGCCGAAGAGAAGGGAGAGCGUCUGCAAGCCUUUUCGACGGUCGUUUUACAGGAAAUGGUGGCUCGAGCAUUCAAGCACAUUGCCAACCGCUACUUACGCCAUCUGCCCGUGAUCUUCGCCGGUAGCUGCAUCGCGCAUUUGUUGAACUGCCUCCUGGGUGUUGAUGUCAAUUCGAAUCCGCGUCCCGAAAUCGACGAAGACCUGCGAGCUCUGUAUCCGGACGGAGACUUUUCCUUUGAGGAGAUCAAUCCCACGAAGCUAAAGGCGGCCAUCGAGAAACAGGUCCGAAUCCGGUAUAGGUAUGCAUUGAAGGAGGAUUGGUCGAUGUCAAUCCGUCCAUUACCAAUGCUUCGAGAAGUUUCCUUAAGACUUGGUCUCCAGCUGGUUGCACGGGAAUACACAUUCAGCAAAGGUGUGCAAAUGCUCGUGGACCCAUCACCUGCCCGAAGUGGUAGUGACUCGCAUUCCAACACUGGUUCCCAAGCGGACGAGGGAGGCAAGAAGAAGAAAAAGAAGGGUGGCGAGCAAACACAAUCGAACGGGGGUGUUGCCAAACCUUCCACAACCUUCACCGCUGAAGAUGUCCUCAAUAUUGCCCCCAUUGUCAAAGACGCCGCGCCAAGGAGUGCCCUGGCCGAAGAAGCCUUUGAAGCUGGCAAGCUCUCACUGGCACAGGGUCAAAAGCAACUUGGGCAAGAGCUUGUCCUCGAGUCUCUUUCGCUGCAUGAGCAAAUUUACGGAAUUCUUCAUCCCGAGGUGGCCAAGAUGUACAAUUCCAUGUCGACAAUCUACUAUCAGAUCGACGAGAAGGACGCAGCUGUGGAGCUCGCGCGCAAAGCCGUAAUUGUCACUGAACGAACGUUAGGCGUGGACUCACACGACACGAUCCUGGCAUAUCUCAAUCUUUCCCUUUUCGAGCAUCACACUGGCAACACGAGGCAGGCAUUGAAGUAUGUCCGACACGCCUUGGAUAUUUGGAGGAUCAUCUUUGGACCGAAUCACCCCGAUUCGAUAACGACCAUGAACAAUGCGGCAGUUAUGCUCCAGUCUAUCAAAGAGUAUUCCGAGUCUCGCAAGUGGUUUGAGGCGUGCUUCACCGUCUGUGAGGGUCUGUUUGGACGUCAGUCCAUCAAUGCGGCUACCAUACUGUUCCAGUUGGCACAAGCCUUGGCUUUGGAUGGGGACCCGCACGGCGCAGUCAACAAGAUGCGAGACGCGUACAGCAUCUUCUUGGCCGAACUCGGUGCAAACGACCGCAACACCAAAGAAGCGGAGAGCUGGCUAGAACAAUUGACGCAGAAUGCAGUGUCAAUUGCCAAGCAGGCCAAAUUGCUGCAAAAUCGGCGUCUGGCAGGCAUUCGACAUCUGCCGAGAAUGGGCAUGGGCACGAGGCUCCAGCCGCAAAACGCAAGCACGGCGGCGCUGAAUGCAAGCUCCAGGGCGAGUACAGCACAGCCAAGUGUACGCACUGGAACAGGUGAUCCUGCUUUUGACACAAGAAGCAUUGACGAGCUUCUGAAAUAUAUCGAGGGCGGUGAGGUCAAGCCCAAACAAAAGAAGAAAUCCGUCAAUCCGAAGGCACGAGCAUCCCGGAAAGCCAUCGUGGUCUAGAGAUGGAGUUUCUCCUCCGGAUGCUCUGCAGGAAUUUUUGGCUGCCGUUUCCCUCUGUUUGGACAUGAGAUGAAGACAUAUACCUUAACACACAGCAUUUUCAUAUUACCGUUAUCUACAACGGCAACUCGCAACCCCUGUACGCAGAGAAGACAUCAGAGUUUGAUCAACAAGCGGCAGUUCUCGUGAUACGGCCGGAUGUCAUUUCCCUGCGACCUAUCUGUACAAUACGAAGCUACGGGAUGUAUGGAUUUCGUCUCGGGCCCUGCCAGCCGUGCGGCGGUUGGACCCAAAGAAAAGUUGUUUAUGUAGCAGCAGAUAGGACCGGGCAAAGCUACCACGGCAUGCGGCGUGGCUGGGCUGAGCAGGUACCUAUGAUGAACGGAGCAUAGAGCAGAUGACGGUUCUUGUAGAUAUCCAAUCAAGGUUUCUCAACUCC